UUUCAAUUUGCUACAAAAUGAAAAUGCUCUGUUUGCGACAUUGGUUUACGAUACCGGAAGUGUUAUUUGAUUGGUUUAAGGACAUUGAUUCAAACUAAAGCGGAACUUUCAAUAUCACAAUAAAAUUCCACAAUGCCACCUCGUAAAAGAACAACUAGAAUUAACAAACGAGCUAAACCCAAAGCUCCUGAGGGGGAUGAAGGCAAGUCACUGACUGAGCAAGAACGAGAGCGGAAAUUGGAAGUCUUCCUUCAGGACUAUGAUGCCAAAGUUGAGACUGCUCUUAAGAUUAUGGAAGAUAAGAUUAAUCAGCUAACUAAGUCGGUAAUUGUCCGACUGAAGGGAGAAAUCAUCCAGCUGCCUCAGAAAGUACGAGAAAUGACGAUGGAUGAUUUUAUAGCAUCUGGGGGAACAGUUCAGUGUGCUCUGGAAUAUCUGGAGAUGAAGAGCCAGGAGCAGGAUACAGGAGGCUUUGGCCGAGCCUGUCCUAUGUCAAGUCAGCUUGUAAGAACCAUAUCUCAGAAGCGCCCCAACCUCUUGAGUGAGACCAUCAUGGAAGAACAGGGUGCCAGCCCAACACCAGCACAGAACCGCAGGAAGAAAGCCACAGGUAGAACAACAGUAAAGAAAAGCAAGCAUUUACAGGAAUCCUCAGUUUACAGACCCUCUGCUGUGAUGAACUCCUCACUAAGGUCGAGAUACAGAACACCUUCACAGCGGAGUAUGGCUGCCUCAGGUUGGGAGACACCCCUCAUCACUCCCAAGUUUGAUCCCAAACUGCCCUACACACCUGCUGGCGUCCGAGACCCACGCCCCGGGGAACGCCUCCUCUCCAUCACUGGCAGCCCUGUAUCUAACCCUGCCGACCCUGCUGUCAAACUCACAGGAAAGGUGGGUAGCAUCGCACCCACUUCAGCUGACACUGCCUUCAGAUUUACAGGAAAGGGUCUAUCUUUUCACAUCAAUGACAUUGAUGACUUGGAGAAUGCUGACAUUGACAUUCCAGAAGAUCAUAUAAAGAAAGUGCUCAGUGUAUUCACCAGCAUCAUGAAUAAAGCCAAACAGUGAAGCUGAUGAAGGCUACCGUGUGUUGAGGGCUGACACUUCGGGCUGUGCAUGGCCAGUCACCACAGGGUGGAACUCAAAGCUUUGUAGAAACCAAUCAUUUAACAGUGGUUAGAGCAUGAAGUGAGAAAUAGGCUUUGUUAGUAACACGAGUUGAGUCAACCACAGGCUAUUCUCAAUAUACAUGGUAUAUUUCAGAACAUGCUCGGUUUGUGAAACAUUUUUUUAUGACCACGGGAAUGUUAGUGAAGACGAGUGUUUACAGCCCCAAUGAGAUGUGAGGUUUAUUGGAUGACAACAAUACAGGCAGCAGGAUUCCCUGAAGUGUUCACCUUGUUCUCAUGGGAGCAGGGGCCACAGGGCUCCAUUGUCUGAGUCGACCUCGGUAGCCAAUCGAAGAAGUACUGGUUUGCAAGUUAUAUGUCACCUACAAAUACAAACAAAUGCCAUUGAGACUGAUUAUACUUAACUGAAAAGCCAGCUAAAACCUGUGCCAUCAAAGUUUCAUUUGAUUUAUUUUCACAUGUAAGCUGAUUUGGCCUGUUUAAUAUUGUUGGUUUCUGUUAUUUCUGUUAACCAUGUCCAUUGAAUACCGGCACAUACUGAUGCUUGAUGCAUCCUGGCCCUGUUCAACAGAAUGAUUGUAGUGCUACGACUGUCGUAGGUAAUGUUAAUGUAUUGGAUCUACAACCGUCUUCGCGUUAAGCCUGCUUUGUGGAACAGGAUCCUGAAGUGAUGCAAUUAGGAGACAGUCGUCAGAGCCAUUUUGUCAGCUGCAGAAUUUGGUAUCAAGCACUGCAUUCCUCUUUCAACUUUCAACCUUCAACACAUAUCACCACAUGCUGGCUUUGUAUGCUCCCUUUUGCAAACUUGGCUUCAUGAUACUAUUCCUUACAUAGAUAUGCCUGUUUCACUUGGUGGUGCCAACUCCAUAAUUGUACAUCUAAUGAUCAUCAAUUGCUGAAUAUGUGAUUUAUUGGUAGAUCAACUCAAAUGCUCUUUUUCCAGUAUAUUUAUGUUGUUUUUUCCAAUGUCUUGACUUUAUCCUCCUUUGACAUAAAUAAAAGCUUAUCUGUGUAAUAAAGUUGUCCUACACAAGUUUCAGCAAUAGAUUCCUCUCCCCAGUUGAUGGUUUGUGUUAAACUAUUGUUCAUGUGACUUGCACACUGGUUACUGGUUAGACCAAACAAAAAUGGACAAAUUUAAAUAUCCUUUCAGUUUUGCUGAUUUAGUUAAACUUAUGUUAAUGUUAAACUUGAAAAAUCUUCACUGUGCAGUUUCAAAUGAAAGUGACAACUAAGAUUGGGUGGUAACAACUUGUGUUUCAAGUUAUUAUAGAUUUGUUGCCUCCAAAGUUGAGUGUAUAUGGCAUUAAUCUUCCUGCCUACUCGUGAUUGACAGCAUCUGAAUGAACACACCUUGUUGUGGCGUAAUGUACGGGGAAUGAGAACAAUGCCUUGUAUUGAGAUGUCGCUGAUGUGUCUCUAACGUGAACAUGUUCCCCCUCCACUGCCCAGAUGACUUCCAGACUUCAAAUCAUAUUAACAAUUUUUUUCAACCAGUAAUAUUGCACUCUUACUCUAAUAUAGAUUUACACAUAUAUGAAAUCAGCAAUUUGGCUUUGGCUACAUUCUACAGAUGUCAUGUGCAUCAGUUCUAGCAGAAAGUUUAUUUGAUACAGCUAUAUAUGUGUUAUUACUGACUUCAUCUUAGUAGUUUCAAAAGUGUCGAGUUACCAGCACUUCAGUUUUAGACUAUAUCAAGCAAUGUCUAGGACUGUCAGGGACUGUUUCAGAAGCUGAUUCUUGUACCCUAUCACAGACCUAUGACAGUCAUGGUGCUGAGAAUAAUCUGUACAGGUACACAAAUACUGUCCCCUGCACACUAGUUACUAAACAAUCCUGAGAAGAGUGGGCUUUGGAUUGAUCUUCAGUAACCCAUGCUUGUUGUAAGAGGUGACUAACGGGAUCGGGUGGUCAGACUCGAUAAGUUGAUCCAUGUAGUCGUAUCCCAAUUGCGUAGAUCAAUACUCAUGAUGUCAAUCACUUGAUUGUCUGGUCCAGACCGGAUUAUUUACAGUCCACUGUCAUUUAGCUGGAAUAUUGCUGAGAGCGGCAUUGAACAAACAAACAAAAGCUACUAAACCUGGAAUACUGAAUGUGUAACUCCCAAUGUGACAGUAUGAAAUCCACACAGCUCUUUUCCUCUUGCAUCAACUGAUAUCUGUAAAUCCUGUCUUUUAUAUUUGUCGGAACUGUUUGAAUCAUUCACUUUUGACAUUAAUUAAUUUUGUGUACUAACAUAUUAGCAUGUACUAGAAACACAUCAGCUGUGUGCCAUUGUCCUGUCUUCAUCCGUGUUUCUGUGUGUAGCAUGUCUCGCUUCUGUCAUGUCAGAUACAUGUAUGGCAAUUACAUAAAGCUCUUACGCCUCUUAUCUUCAGUCACUUAGUUAACAUAUUUGUUUCAGGCAAAAUGUGAGACCGUGAGACUGAUGGUAGAAAUCCAAUAGAAGUAUUAUUCAAAAUGUGUUGUACAAGAUCACAUGAAACAUGUCAGUUGACAGGAAUGUGAAGUUCAUGUUUUUUACUCCCAAACACCCCUCUCACUAUACACAAACAGGUGUAAAUGAAAUUAGUCAACAGACAUGGAUUGGGAGAAAAAUGGCAGAUCCAGAAACCAAGUGAUUUAAACAGAAAUGUGGCUAUUGUUCUAUUUAUAUCACCACUUCAUAAACUGCACGUGUUAUAUAUGAGUUGGGAGAAAAGUUUAAAAAGCUACCACUCAUUCCAGUUUGUAAAUGUCAUCAUGUAAAGUGUGCUCUGCCAACUAGUGUUUAUAAGUGGAAGUGUAUCAGUGUUCCACCUUCGCCUGGCCAACUUGUGUGAAGCCAAUACUUGCGACAGGCCCGCUUCACAAAACGAUUAGCCCUACAAUAGUUUUAUGCCUUUGUAUGGGACUAACCACAGUUGUAGCGUUACAAUCACUUUGUGAAGCUGGGCCCUGGUGAUUAACAGUGCUCUCCUCAUAGGUGCAAGACAACCAGGCUAAGUGUACUAAACUGUGCAGCAAUCCUGUUGAUGAACCCAUCGCUAAAUGCAUCUGCAUUGUCAUUGGUCUUCAAUAAAUUACUCCAAAUGUACAAAGUAUCGACACAAAAACUGUAAUAAAGUGAAUAUCUAACA